UUUCCACCAGAAAUGGCUCCUCCCGCAUCACUGACGCGACAUGCUUGAUUAGUGUAACCAGCGGCGAACAUUGCAUCGCGACGUCGUUUUGAAAAAGUUUGUGGAACACAAGCGAGUGUCGAGUUAACGGAGUCUACACUGUCCGUCCGACCGACCAGAAAACAUGUUCAAUGAAAUCAGAGAUCAAACCGAUGGAUUUUUUAAACAGAAAAAUGUAGUCACAGAUCUCCUGGGUAAGCUGGAAGAGAAAACCGGAGUCUCGAAACAAUAUAUCGCUUUGGGUUUCGCAGUAUUUCUGGGAGUGUACUUAUUAUUUGGAUAUGGUGCAUCUCUGCUCUGCAACUUGAUCGGUUUUGUGUACCCAGCUUAUUUUUCAAUUAAAGCAAUUGAAAGCAAUAACAAAGAUGAUGAUACCAAGUGGCUGACCUACUGGGUGGUUUAUGGACUCUUCAGUGUGUCAGAGUUCUUCUCGGACAUCUUUCUCUUCUGGUUUCCAUUUUAUUAUGCUGGAAAGUGUGUCUUUCUACUGUGGUGCAUGGCUCCAGUAUCCUGGAACGGGUCGCAGAUUAUCUAUGGACGUGUGAUACGACCUUUUUUCCUCAAGCACGAAGCGAGAAUGGACAGCAUGGUCAAAGACCUGAGCGGCAAGGCCAAACAUGCAGCAGAAAUGGCUACAGAAGGAGCUACCAGAUUCGGACUUGGACAUGAGAAGGAACACUAAUGAAGCGCACAAGCCUGUGGCAUUUUCACCGGGUGCUUUUGUUCGGCGGUUGUUUUGUUCGGCCACAUGGAUUUCAGGGAAGACCCCUUUCUGAUCAACAGUACUAAAAUAUUGCACCUGAGCCAAAUGCUAAGCACUAUCAGCCAAUGUUUUAUUUAAAUAAUAAAUGUUCAGUCACUGUAUACUUUUAAGAGUUUAGAGAAGGGGAAUGUUCUACAAUUUAAUACAGCGGCCUGUCACUCGUGUCCUUUUUAUGUUCCACAAUGUAUCUGUGUGUGUGUCAUGUCUGGUACAAGUUCAUCUCCUUUUAAAGUGAAUAAACUGGAAAUGUUUUGUGAAACUGA